GCAAAUAUUUUGUUUCCUAACCAUGUUGCCAAAUUGCCCUUACAAUACUGACUCAACGGAUUCCUUUGCAACUGGCGCCUUUGUAAAGCGAAAAUAAAGAUUUUUGAACAAACGAACGAAUCUCGCAAAAUCUCGGAAUUUGGAAAAUUAUUGAAACACAUAUUAAAAUGAGAAAGGGAAGAAACUACAGUGGACAUAAAUCAGAAAGCUAAACCACAUUUUGAAUGGGUACGAAAGAUCAACUGUCUUGAAUGAAGACAUCACGACUACUGACAAUGGAUUAUGGGGGGCAGGAAACCUUACCUAGUGCAUCCACUGAUGGGCUUAUACAAGUGAGGAAUGAAGAUGGCCCUAUAGUGCUAGAUCAUCUUAUACAAGUGAGGAAUGAAGAUGGCCCCAUAGUGCUAGAUCAUCAACAUCUCUAUCAACAAACAUUGGUGAAGUCAAGCCAGUGUGAUGUUACUAUUAUAGUUGGUGAUCAGGAGCUGAAGGCUCAUUGGAGUGUUCUGCGGAAGUACCCAUUUUUUGAAGGCCUCUACACCAGUGGAAUGAAGGAAAGACAGGAAGGUAGAGUCAAUAUUGGAAUCGGAGAGUCUGAAGCUGUAUGGGAGAUUUUGCGCUACAUGUACACAAGCCAGAUCAGCUUAAUGAGGAGCAACAUACAGGAUGUUCUAGAACUUGCUGACUAUCUUCAGUUGGACAGAUUGAGAACCAUGUGUUUUAAUUACCUGAGAAGAAAUGUUUCACCUUUAACAUGUGUGUUACACCUUUCUUUGGCCACUAGGUACACUGCUGAUAUCUAUGAUGAAUUGCUGAUGUACUUUUGGGGGCACAUUCCGCAAGUGCUCCGUACACAAGAUGCACUUGAACUACCACUUGAUAUUCUCAGGAAAGUUGUUAAGAAACCCUGUCUGAGUUAUGCUUCAAGGGCAAUGCUUUUCCAGUUUUUGGUGCGAUGGGUGGAGCAUUGCCCAAAGGAACGAGAAACAUACUUUGAGAGCAUGUUUUGCAGUUUGGAUCUUUCAAAAAUGGGCUAUUUAUUUUGUAAAGACUACGUUGAAACAUGCAAGUAUGUGCAGAAUUCAAACACCUGUAAGCAGUGGUAUGAAAAAUCAGAUCAAAGCAUACAAACUAGCUGUGAAGCAAAUGCAAUAAUUAUUCUUGGUGGCUUGGAUAAAAAUAGCUCAGGGACUAGGGAAGUAUUUGUUUAUCUUCUUGAUGAGCAGCGUUGGGUACGUAUUGCUGACAUACCAUGGGAAAUAGAAACUCCAAGUCUAACGUACAAUGCCAGCACUAACUGUUUACAUGUAUUUGAUAGACUUUAUGGGACCUGUUUGGAUGAAACAACCAGAUACAAUAUUAAGUGUUAUAAGUUCAGUUUUGGGAUGAAUGAAUGGUCAAGUGAUGAGCUCUUCAUUAGCAAAAGUGCAUCCGAAUCUUUUACUAUUUCCAAGAUAAAAGAUGUUUUAUUUCUUAAUGCUACAGGCAACUGUUGUGUGGUUGCCAUGUGUAAAGAUAAGACCAAUCCCAAAGCCUCUCAAGUAUGUUUAAGCAUUGGGAACCAUAGUAGUCACAAUCCCUUCAAAGUUAUCUGUUCUGAUGUCGGUUCAGAUAUACAAACCUGUAUUGUGAAAGAUAGAUAUGUGUGUAUAAUUGUAUUAGUUCUACCCACUCAAGGCCACUAUGAGAAAUUAGAUUGCAGGGAUUUGCAUCUGUUGCUCCUAGACACUAUGGUUGAAUGUGAAGUCAGCAUUGAGCGUUACUCCAUUGCACCUUGCUAUUCUUCUCUUGAUGCCAUCAAGUGCUUUGCUCUGAAUGACUGUGUGUACAUUACAAUACCGAACAUUACUGACAACAUUUUCGAAUCUUAUGGACAUAGAUUUGAUGUCCAAGAAAGAAAAUGGUGUGAAUUUAAGUUUCCACAGUUGAAAAGCAAUUGUGUACCAAUCUUGCCGAGGUAUUAUGGGUACACAACCGUAAGAAACACGAUCUACAUAUUUGGGGGAAAGCAACAUACAUCCAAUAUUGUAAAGCGUGUAUAUAAAUUGGACAUGAAAUUGAAAAGAUGUCACAAGAUGCAGCCCAUGCCAGCCCACAGGUAUCAUUGCAAGGCUAUUUCUGCAUGCAUCCUCUCAAAUGUGUGCCACAAGGAGUGUCCACAUUGCAAAUAUAGCCCCAAGCCAACUAGGACCUGACAACCAUUUGCUAUAAGGAGUGUCCACAUUCCACACAAGUCCCCAAGGAUAUCAAGAUCAAAGAAAAAAAUCAAUUUCGCAUGAAAUAUUGGGCCUAAAGCUACUUAUCACUGAUUUAGAAAUACCAAUCAAAUGUUUGUGUAACAUUUGGUUAAACACUAGAUAAGUUUGUGUUUAACAUAUAUUUACACAUAUAUUUAAAUAACAAAUGUCAAUGUUUACUCUUCAGUAUAUGAAUUGAUGUGUUGUUAAGAAUGUUUGUGAUAACAUUACUGUACAUGGUGUCAAGUCAUAUAUUUAGUCUUAAUGUUUAUGUUCUUAAGUAUUUUGUAUUUAUUUAUUAUGUCAUUGCAUUACAUCGAUAUUUUGCUUGUUACAUUUAUAAUUAUUUUCUUGCAAAGUUCAUCUUAUACAAUACGGGAAAAUAAUGUGUUAUGUAUUGUGUAUCCCAAUAUUUCUAUUUGUCAACAGAAUCAAAAUUAAAGCAUUUGCUAAAUAA